AUCGAUAAGUAUCGCCGAAAUAAUUUCGAUGUACCGAUGUUUUUCAACAUCUCUAGUCUCGUUGGAAAUAUAACGUGACGUUAUUGGGAGUGACUAAGUUUUCGUUGUAAAGUGUGUGAGCCAACGACAAACGCAUUAAAGAAAUCGGCGGCGCGCAGGGAUUAUUGGAUUUCGUUUAGCACCCGCACACACAAAACAAAAAGGACGGAACUGGAUUUCCAAAGGAUAUCGAACCGAGCGAGCGAUAGCAAAACAAAUUGAGCAAAAUGGGUGCAAGAGAAGACGAGUACGAUUAUCUGUUCAAAGUUGUCCUUAUCGGUGACUCCGGUGUUGGCAAAAGUAAUUUGCUCUCACGUUUCACGCGCAAUGAAUUCAAUUUGGAGUCCAAGUCGACGAUUGGCGUCGAGUUUGCAACGCGCAGCAUAGAGGUCGAUGGCAAAACAAUUAAAGCGCAAAUCUGGGAUACGGCCGGCCAGGAGCGUUAUCGCGCCAUCACCUCUGCCUACUACCGCGGUGCCGUGGGGGCCCUGCUCGUCUAUGACAUUGCCAAGCAUCUGACCUACGAGAACGUGGAGCGGUGGCUGCGGGAGCUGCGCGACCAUGCCGACCAGAACAUCGUCAUCAUGCUGGUGGGCAACAAGUCCGACUUGCGGCACUUGCGCUCCGUGCCCACGGACGAGGCGAAGCUGUUUGCCGAGCGCAACGGCUUGAGUUUCAUAGAAACCUCGGCCCUUGACUCCACGAACGUUGAAACGGCAUUCCAGAACAUACUCACAGAGAUCUAUCGCAUUGUGUCGCAGAAACAGAUCAGAGAUCCGCCGGAAGGCGACGUCAUCCGCCCGUCGAACGUGGAGCCCAUCGACGUGAAGCCGACUGUCACCGCCGACGUGCGCAAACAGUGCUGUCAGUGACCGCCCCAAGCAAUUUUCGCUAUUCCCCGCAACCGCCAGAACAGCAACAUAAACAGAAGCAACAGCAAUUACAACUACGACUACAAGAGGAGCAGCAGCGGCCAGAACUGCAACACCAAGAUCAGAAGCAGUGCACACCCGAUGGACCGCACAGGAUGUCUAUGCGUUUGUCAGCCACAGUUUGUCGUGUGCGCAUAAAUUGAUAAAUCAAAUGAAAUCGAAGCCGCCACUCCACCACCAACACCACCACCACCAUCAGAAGCAGCAGCAGCAGCAAAAGAAUCGAAAGCAACAACAUCCGGCUGUAGUUAACUGCGGUUUAAACUGAAGUUUUAUAUAUACAUACAGAUCAAUGAGUAUCGCAUAAAUCGACCGCCGCGGAAAGAAAGCAAGCAAAACUAAACACUCCAAAUUCAGUUUAAGCUGUAGAACUAUAAUUUAUAUAAAUAUACAUAUAUGCUAAUAUUAAAAUAUUAAUAUUAUUAAUUUUUCGCAACAUAAAUAUAUAGUUGUAAUUUCGCGAGCAGAACAACAACAAACAACCGGAAAUUCUUCGACUUAAAUGCAAAUUCAUUACCACAGCACUGCAGCUCGGAUUUUCUUCUUCGGUUUGUCGCAACAUUUUAAACGAUUGGCCACUUGGUAAAACUAGCUGAUAAUGAGAAAUCAAACAAGAACAGUUGUAAAACUUUAAAUGCAUAAAUGAAACGAAAUAACAUCA